AUGGCAGACGAUAUACGAUUCCGAAUAUCGCCAAUUCACACCCGAAAUAUGAGUUCUGUCACGGUCGAAUCCGACAGUUCGGACAGUUCUCCUUGCCCUGGGGACGAUGAGGAUACAGACUAUUUUAUGGCUCAUCCUAAUGAUUCCCAGUCAUCCCUGGGCGCAGUCACGGCCAUUCGAGAUUGCGACGAUGACAUUGAUCUCGACCAGAUCCAUCGCAUGUCGCCCAUCUCGAAACUUCCCCCAGAGAUCUUGAUGGCAAUCUUGGCCAAAUUGACGAGUACGGCCGAUCUACGAAACUGCAUGUUGGUCUCCUACCACUGGGCGCUGUAUGCCGUGGGCAUUCUGUGGCAUAGGCCAUUAUGCAACAAAUGGUCGAACCUGUUGAACGUGGUUUCAGCACUCGGACAGGGCGAAAGAAGCUAUUUUCCAUAUCAUGAAAUGGUCAAGAGACUCAAUCUGUCAGCAAUCGCGGAUAAAAUCAAUGAUGGAACGGUUCAGCCUUUCAUGAAUUGCAAGGCUGUUGAACGCCUCACGCUGACAAAUUGCUCCAAACUGACCGAUUUUGGCGUAGCAGGACUAGUUGACGGAAGUAAAAAGCUGCAAGCCCUAGACGUGACAGACAUUGAUGCUUUGACGGACCGGACGCUGCAUGUGGUGGCUGAAAACUGUCCCAAACUACAAGGCCUCAACAUCACCAAUUGUUCAAACAUCACGGAUGAGUCUCUGAUUGAAAUAGCGCAACACUGUCGACAGCUCAAACGACUGAAGCUCAACGGCGUGGUUCGAGCAACAGACGCCUCCAUCACCGCAGUCGCACGGAAUUGUCGAUCAAUCCUGGAAAUCGACUUGGCCGGUUGUCAUUCAAUCAGUUCUGAGUCCGUCACAGCUCUGCUGUCCAAUCUGUCCCAUCUGAGGGAGUUGAGAUUGGCUCAUUGCAUCGACAUUAAUGAUGCUGCCUUCACCAAUCUCUCGCCGAGACUAUCUUUCGACGCCCUUCGCAUAUUGGAUCUCACGGCCUGCGAGCAGGUUCGUGACGAUGCCAUCGCGAGAAUCAUUCCUGCAGCACCACGAUUGCGAAACUUGGUCUUGGCCAAAUGCCGGCAUAUCACGGAUCGUGCUGUGGCUUCCAUAUGCAAAUUGACCAAGAACUUACACUACAUCCACCUCGGACAUUGCGUCAAUCUGACCGAUAACGCGGUCAUCCAACUAGUCAAGGCCUGCAAUAGAAUCAGGUAUAUUGAUCUAGCUUGCUGUUCACGACUGACCGACGCGAGUGUCCGUCACCUGGCGCAACUACCAAAACUCCGCAGAAUUGGGCUCGUGAAAUGUCAAAAUCUGACCGACUCUAGCAUCAUGGCUUUGGCUCAUGGUCCGGUUUUGUUCAGCCCCACUGGCAAACUUGGUGUCCCUCAACAGUUUGUGUCCCUCGAGCGGGUGCACCUCAGUUAUUGUGUCAAUCUCACACUCAAGGGCAUCACGGCUCUGCUUCACAAUUGUCCCCGACUCACUCAUCUAUCCUUGACGGGUGUGCAAGCUUUCCUUCGCGAAGACUUGACUCGGUUCUGUCGAGACGCCCCCGCUGAAUUCACCCAUCCACAGCGUGACGUCUUUUGCGUCUUUUCAGGGGAAGGCGUUCAGCGGCUCCGAGACUAUUUGCUGCGCAUGGCGAUGGACGAAGCUCAGCGAGAAGGUCGUGAGGCUAUCGAUGACAGCCUUCUCGACGGAGUGGACAGUCCUGGAGCAGAUACCGUUUCGGAUGAUGGCACAAUUGAUGGAAACGACCAACUAAUGGACCCAGUACUGAAUCCCCAUCGUCAUGGUGCACCAUUUACGACCACGCCGCGGUCCCGGCAGCAACGUCCUCGAAGCUUGCACGAGCUCCCGAGCUAUCACAUCGAGAUGCCUUUCGUACCAUUAGAACAAGUAGGACCGUGGACGCCAGGAGUAGCUUUUGGACACGAUGAUCGCACCAGCCUCAACCUGAUGAACACGGGCAAUCUUUUCCAGCAAGAUGGAAUGGAGGGUCGAUCCCGAAGUCCAGCAGCAUCUCCGUUGUUUGUUGCCCUACCAUACGGCGACCGUCCAAGAAGUUCGUCGCGAACACCGUCUAGGCGACAUACCCUCGAAUCAUCUGACGGCUUGUUUGGCCCACCGCCUGUGCCGUUGCACGGGUACGGUGAGGGCAGCUCCAGACCUAUGGACAUUGGGGGUGGUCGCUACGGGCAUGAUCGACGAGCAAGUUAUUUCGGUAUAGAGGAUUCCAGGACACAACAACAAGGAUAUCCAAACGUACACCUUUUCGCAUCGGAGGGUUCUAGGCGGCCCAUGCCUGGAGCCGCUCUCAGAAAUCCCGGCGACGUACGAGUUUCAUACCUUCGACCUGAACCUGGCUUCAGUGCCUUUGACGCCAACCACGAGGCGAUCAUGUCGACAAUACCUGGAAGCCGGUCUGGGAGUCGACAUGGCUCUAGAUCCAAUAGUCCUCAAGUGUCGCGUGUCAAUAGUCGAUCAAGGCUGGGGAACUUGCUACUUCCUCCACGAAGUUACGCGUCGACACCACCUAGUCAGACAGACUCAGGUGGCCGGACUAGUAGAGCGGCACGGAGUCGCGAAAGAUCACGUCUAAGAGAGGAGGCACAUAGGGAAGCCAUGUUACAAGCCCUAGCUGAAGCAGAUGCCGCUCAGCAACUUCGACCUGAUUUUCCUCGAACCGAUUCGGAUCAACAAGGUGAACUGCCACUAUUGCCUUCUGAGAUGAUGGAACGCGUUGUGAGGACUCCAGCAACGCCGGUGGAUCCCAGUAUGGAGCUCCCAGUCGAACAACACGAGCACGCGCCGAGGGAAGAUACCGAUCAAGAUGUGACUAUGACUCAAUGA